AUGUCUCGGCAAGAAUCAUCAUCGAGUGAUAUCCAUAAUGGUAACAACGACAAUGGUGAUCAGUCGGCAGCAACUGUAGGGAGAGCACCCGAGGUCGUUGAAUCGGAAGGUUCAGUUGAUCCUCGUUCGGACCGAAUUGCAUUGGCUGCAAUUUUCCAAGGGAUCACCGAAGACACCUUGCUACAGUUGGGGGCAAAGAAAUUGGCUAAAGAGGCAUGGGACGCUCUCAAGGUUAUGAACCUCGGUGCAGAAAGGGUCAAAGAAGUACGGGCACAAGCUCUCAGAUGGGAGCUCGAAAGCAUGAAGAUGGAGGAUGGUGAAUCUGUUGAUGAAUUCACCGAAAAGAUUUCAACAGUUGUCAACAAGCUCCGAGCUCUUAGUGAAAGGGUCGAUGAAACGUAUGUAGUGAAGAAAAUGCUACAUUUAGUGUCCUCUAAAUACCUUCAGAUUGCCUCAACCAUAGAAAAAUUCGAGAACUUGUCUGUUAAGACAAUUAAAGAAGUAACUGGUUCUCUCAAAGCUCACGAGGAGAGGUUGCAAAGCUACGACUCCAGAGGAGACGAAUAUGUGCUACUCACUAAAGGAGAGUGGAAAGCACGAGCUGAGUCCUUAAGAUCCAAUGAGAAGCGCCCACAGGACAUGAGCAGAGGCUGGGGACGUGGACGUGGACGUGGUAGAGAACGCGGUAGAGGAAGAGGAGGACGCGACAGAGGUCGUGGCCCUCAUGGAACAGGACGAGAACAAGAUGAUGAAGAACAACACCAUUAG